AUGGGUGUUCAUGUGAUUUCAAAGCUGGACAACCGCCAGCAUGCCAGCUUCAACCUCGAAGUCCCUGCUCAGCGGGAACUAUCGGACUCAUCAGUAAGAAUUCGUACGCAACUGAUCAGCCUCAGUUCAAACAAUUUGACCUAUGCCAGAAUGGGUGGAUUCUUGCGUUGGUGGGACGCGUACCCCGUAUCUGAAGACUAUCCCGCACCAUACAACGACUCAUCGGCAUGGGGAAUCGUUCCAGCCUGGGGCUAUGCAACGGUGGAAGAGACAACUAUUCCCGAACUAUCCAAAGGUACACUCCUUUACGGAUUCUGGCCCACGAUCAACACACCAACCGACCUUAAACUCAAGCGCGGCUCACCAGAUGGCCACUGGGUCGAGAUCAGCGACCAUCGUCAACAACUAAUGCCGCUGUACAACCGCUACAGGGUAACUCCGACAUCGACUCCAAUCUUGGACCUAACCACCGCGCACAAUCCUCUUUCGGAUUCUGCACAGGAUGAGCUAGAUCGCAUGGCCUGGACCGCACUAUUCAUUGGCGGGGUAGCCGGGUUCGUUCUCAGCGAGUAUGUGUUCUCGUCCAACUCAACCCAACCUCCCAUCCAUCCACUGGGAAGCCAAGCUGGGUUGCAAUGGACCCUAUCCGACGGGGAUUUGUCGUCUGCGGUUGUCGUGAACCUGGCUGCGUCAACAAAGACGGCGCGUGUUUUCUCGUACUAUCUGUCGCGAAAGCCGGAUAGUUCGGCACCCCUUGGUUUGUUGCAUGUUACAUCAGCCGUGUCACGCAUCGAGGAAGCGGAUCGGAGUUUGCCUACUUCUGUUCCUUCUAAGGUGGUGGCAUAUGGGGAUGUUGAUUCUAAGGGGUCUGCGGAGUGGCUGGCUAGCCGCAAGCCUUCAAAGAUUGUUAUCAUUGACUUCGGUGGUCGUGCGAAUGCUCUCAAAGACACACUUUCUCUGAUCAAGAAUCAUGCUGAGUUGCAAUCUUGCAAGGUUGUCAUCGUCCAGGUUGGAAAUGAGCAGAAAGUAUACUCGACCGAGGAGCUUGUUGUUGGGAGAGCGGCGAUGGAGGAGCUUGGAAAGGUUCAAUACAACACUUCCGGUGUUCAAGACACGAUACUCGAGUCUGUCGGCCCGGAAGCCUACUUCGCAACAAGAGACGCAGAGUGGGAAAAAUGGCUGGAUGAGCGACACUUGAGCGAACCGGGACUGCAGAUUGUUUUUGGCAGUGGUGUCUCUGGUGUCGAGGGAGGGUGGGAUAGACUGUGUCGUGGACAAGUGGGAGCCGAAGAGGGAUUGGUUUACAAGAUGCAAUGA